AUGGAUUGGAGACUAACGUUAGCAGUGGAAGAGAACAAAGUCGAUGAGGUGGAAGCUCUUUUGAAUGCAGGAGCUUCGCCUGAUGCGUGUAAUGUUCAUGGACAUCCUGUACUUGUCACAGCUUGUGAUGAAGGCUUAAAUUCCAUCGUACAACAUUUGUUACAGAAAGGAGCAAAUGUUAACAAAGCAGAUUCUAUUGGUUUCACUGCUUUAAUGUGUGCAGCAUCUCGAGGUGAUGAUUCACUAAUUGUUAUGUUAUUAUCAGCUAAUGCUGAUGGUAAUCUGAAGGAUGUGUUGCAUGGAAUGACAGCAUUGCAUUAUGCUGCUCUCCACAAUCAAUCCAAAGUUGUUCGUAUUCUGUUAGAGAAUGGAUGUGAUAGCAACAUAAAAGACAAUGUGGAUGUAGCUGUCGACUCGCAAUUUGCUCUGAUUGUGGCGUACGUAUCAAUCUCAAUCUUAGCGUACAUAUCGACUAAAAAGUGA